AUGGCGGGUCCGCAAGCCACUCAGUUUCUUUCGCUAGCCAAACGUACAGUUCAGAAUCUUGAGAAUACCGCUGAAGAAUACGAUCUGAUGAAUCUUGAGAACCUGCCAAUUGCAUUCUUGGAAGUGGGAAAGGAUGACAGCAUCUACGAGGACGCGAUACCCCUUGUUGGAGAAUGCAAGGCCAAAGCCGACCGUUUAGAGCAACUCUUCUCCAGGGUUGUGCCGUCCCCACCCAUACAGCGACUGGAAGUCUACCGCGGAACAGUACGCGAACUUGGCAGAGGCAACCGUGUGGAAACCCUUCUCAAGAGCAUAAUGGAGGACAUCAAAGUUCUUCUUUUGUUUGACAAAGACAUGAAGUCGGCGCUUGAAAACCAGGUGCAAGCCCUGGUCGAGGCUAUCCAAAAAGUGGCGGCUAUCCCGCCGUCGCUACCAGAUGAGACCGAGGGGUCCAGUAUCAACAAUUAUGGAACGGGCUUCCAUAAUGUCAACACUGGUACCGGACCCCAGAACAACAACAAUGCUUCAGGUCAACAGUUUAUUGGUGGCACAUUCUCAGGGUUCAAUCCUUCAUCUCCUCCAAGCAAGAGCGAUGAGAACAAAAGCCGAGAACAUAAUUGA